AUGGGAAGUGAAAAAGACUUAACCGAAGAACAAAAGGGAGCUAUUGUAUAUGGUUACUGUAAGAACGACUCGUACUGCACUAUUGCAGCUAACGUAGGCUAUAGAAAAUCUGUUGUGGAUGAAUCAACAUUUUGCCUCUUUCAACAAUCAUCUUGUCGGGUCUGGCGUGAGUCACAUGAAGAAUGGGAUAUUGAAUGUGUGAGUAGUACUGUCAAGCAUGGUCCUAGUCAGAUGCACUGGGAUUUUUUUCUUGGUAUGGAACUGGCCCUCUCGUCGCGCUCAAUGGCUUUGCCACUGGUAAGUCUCACGUUGAAAUUCUUCGUAGCAUCUCGCAUUGGAUGGGCAGUUUUACAAAAUAAUAAAAAUUCAGCUCAAACUGUUAAAAUAUUUGAAGAUGUUUAUAGUGAUCCUGACAUUUCUUUAUCCUAUCCAAAAAUAUUGAUCACAGAUAAAGGUACUGAGUUUUUAGGUGAAUGUAAGAAAUUUUAUGACAAACAAAAUAUAGAACAUAUACAAGCUUUAACUAAGGAGGGUGUUGGGAUUAUUGAACGGUUUAAUUGUACAUUGAUCGAAAAAGUAUUCCCUAUUCAAUAUGCUCAAGAAAUGCUAUUAGCUUGGCCUGAAAGGUCUCGAGUAUUUAAGAAAAUUCUUCGCCCUAUUCUUAUCAAGCUUAAUAAUACUCCGACACGUUUGAUUGGUAUGAGUCCAGCUGACGCGAGAAAAAAGAAGCAUGUGUAUGCCAAGCCUUCCAAACCCCGUAAUGGUCUCAUUGGUUAUGACGAGCCUCGAUUGUCUUAUAGAGAUUUUGUGCGUUAUUUGCUUAAACCUGGUGAGCUUGAAGGUGGUCUUCCUAGAAGAUGA